AUGCUCUUACUUAUAACUAUUUGCACAUGCUAACUAAAAUUAUUUUUUUAAUUAAUCAAAAGGAAUACACCUAACCAAUAAAACGAUUAAUUUUAUGAGUAUUCUGGUGAAGAGGGGGCUGAAUGUUCAAUAUGUAUGGAAGAAUUAAAGUAAAUGGAACAAUAUGUGGAGCUGCCAUGCAAUCACAUCUUUCAUUCUUAAUGCUUUAGUAAAUGGAAGAAUUACAAACAUUUAUGUCCUGUAUGCAGAAGAACAGUUAAAAUAAAUGAUAUUGGAAGAAUAAACAAAUAAUUGCAUCAGUCUAAAAUUUAAGAUGUUGAAAUUUGA